AGUAAGCUUUGGUUUUGUGUGCGCGUUUUGCCAACAACUUUUUUGGUAAAAUUUUCCGGUUAAUUACCAAGUUAUUUACAACAAUGAAGCGUAAAAUUGUUUUUGAGGAUUGUAUUUUCACCUCCAAUAAACGUCCAAAGGUUGACUGCAAAAUAUCUGAUUUGCCGAACGAAAUGUUGCGAGAGAUUUUCAAGAAUUUACCAACAAAAGAUCGUUUAACUGCCAGACGUGUUUCCAAUUUUUGGAUGGAACUGCUGAACAAAUAUUUUCAAGACGACAAUACUCUCAAACUGUCUGGUCACGCGGAAUUUUCUCCAACGGGAUCUCUUUAUCAAACAUUUAAGGCCAGGUUGUCAUCCACCAAAACAAAGCGAGUUUUUUCGCGAUUGUUGAUCUCCUGGUUGCCAGAUGAGGAGGAAUUCGAUGAUUUUAUCAACUUUAUUAAGUUGAUUGGAGAUGAAGUCCGCUUUCUCAAUAUUUUCAUUUAUACCUCCAUAAGCUCUAGUAAUGAUCUCUACGCCAACUUACCCAAUCUUGAGUCUUUGGAAGUCUGCGAUGAACAGUAUCUCGGUGAUUUUACUUUUCCACCCAAACUUAAAUCGAUAAAGAUAGAAGACAAAUUCUCAAAACUCGAAAAAUUACCGGACAUUCAGAAACUGCCGUCACUCGAGCAUUUUAGCGCCAAAUCUAUUGUACUCAAACGAAAUACUGAUGCUCUUGCGUCGUUUCUUGACCCAAAAUUAAAGACACUUUUGGAUGCUAUCAUAGGAUCCGAUGAUCUAGAGAAAGAAUCUGUUAAAGUUUGGUCAGAAUUCAAUUUUUGCGGAGAAGCAAAAUUAAUUGCAGAUGAUAUUACCGAAAUCGAAAUUGACAAAAAGAUGCUGGAUAUUGCACCUUUGGCUGAGUUUAACAAUUUAAAGCGAUUGGAAUUGUACUCAAAGUUUCCACAUUCCAUUAUGCAUUUCACAACUUUUCACAAAUCCACGAAAUUUCCCAGUGUUAUUGAUUUGGAAAUUUAUGGACCGGACAAAAAACUUACGAAUUUUGAUGAGCUCUUAUCAAAAUUCCCCAACGUAGAGUCCUUGAAUGUUGAUGAGUGGAAACUGACAGAUUUGGAUUUUCGCGUGAUUUGCCAAUACAUGCCGAAGUUGAAAAACUUGACUUUUGAAACGUCUACAAUAUCCAUAAAAACUCUUUUUGAUUGCAAUAAUUUUUCUGUCAAGGAUCUUAAAUCACUUGAGUCGCUUUCGGUCCAAACUAUAUUCGAAAAUCGGUACGUUCUUCAACCUUCAUGGCCAUCGUUGCCUGAUUUAAAAGUCGUUCAGUUAAAAGGAGAAGGAUUUCGUUACCUCGAAAAGGACUUUUACACGCAAAUGGCAGUAAGAUCGCCGAAUAUAGAGGAUUUAGAAAUUUACUAUUACUAUGGCACAACAGAAAUUAAUCAUACAAAGUUUUUACCGGUACUAUCUGGAUUGACAUUGAAGAAACUAACUCUUCCUGGCGAAGGUGGAACUGCUAAACUGGCUCACAACAAUAGUUUGGUCGAUGAUGUAAUCAAAUAUUGCAAAGAUCUGACGUAUUUUGCACUUCACGAUGUCAAUGGAUUUUCUCUGGCACAAGAAAUUCGAUUAUUCAAAAGUUUGUCAAAACUAGAAACAGUUUUUUCUAAUUCAAUGAACACCGAAGCAAUGAUGAGAGAAAUGAACCGCAGUGAAUUUAAAAAUUUAAAAAAUUAUUUAGCUGAAAGUAUUGAUGAGUACAAAGAUUUGCCCGGAACGAUUGCUUACCUGUACAACAACGUGAUCCCUCUUUUGGAGCGAAUUCGAAUGGAGAAUAAUUUUAAAGCCGAAUUCUGGGAAGAUCAUUUGAAAACUUGGUACAUUGUCUUACAUGAUUACUUGAAAAUGAGUUUUAUUAAUGUCGUUCGUAUUUUAAAAUUAUCACACGAUAAUUAACAAUUAUUUCUGUCACUCAAGAAAAUUAAUUUAAUUUUUGAAAAUUAACUAUUUGAAGGAACUUGAUUAAUAAAACGC